CGGUAUAGAGAGGCAUUGUGGAAGCUAGUUCCCCCACUCCACUCUCAAUCUUUCAAAUUUCCUUUUCCUGUUUGAGAAUCCCCUCCCUUCCCCUCCCAUACACAGAGAAGGAGAAAUGGGAAGGCCUCCUUGUUGCGAGAAAGUUGGUAUCAAGAAAGGUCCAUGGACACCGGAAGAAGACAUCAUCCUUGUCUCGUACAUCCAAGAACAUGGCCCCGGAAACUGGCGUUCAGUACCUAUAAACACCGGUUUGUCGAGGUGUAGCAAAAGCUGCAGGCUAAGAUGGACUAAUUACCUGAGACCUGGAAUCAAGAGGGGAAAUUUCACUCCACAUGAAGAAGGAAUGAUAAUCCAUCUUCAAGCUUUAUUGGGAAACAAAUGGGCAGCUAUAGCUUCAUAUCUUCCACAAAGAACAGAUAAUGAUAUCAAGAACUACUGGAACACCCACCUGAAGAAGAAGAUAAGCAAAUUUCACUCAACUUCCGAUCCACAAAUGGCAUCUAAUUCAACCACUUUUCAGUUUACAUCCAAGAAUUACACGGAUAAUUCUUCAGUAUAUGCCUCAAAUACAGAAAAUGUAUCAAGACUCCUAGAAGAAUGGACGGGAUCAUCUUCAAAAACUAUCACUGCCCCGAAUGGAAAUCGCGAAGAAUUGCCACGCAUUAUCAGCACGAAAAAUAGUCGCACUGAAUGUAGUUCUUCUGCUGCACCAUCAUUUCAGUGUUAUAGACCACAGGUUGAUCAGGAAGGCAAAAAUAUGAUCCCUACUGAUGAAUUUGAGUCCAUAUUGUCAUUCAAUAACCUAAACGCCACGGCAUUGGAAAGAUUAUCCAGCAGCUAUUCGGCUCGAAGAGGUUCUGACAGCAGUGGCAUUGAUCAGAAUCCCAAAGCCGAAACCGAUGCUCCAUUGUCAUUUCUUGAGACAUGGCUGCUGGAUGAAACUGCAGGUCAAGAAGUGAUGGACCUGCCACAAAUAUUCUAGUUCAAUAAAAAAUAACCUAUGGAGAAAAUUUGAUGCAGAAAAAUCGGAAGGAUCAAUGUGAAUUUACAGACACCAAUCUCAUUCUAGGGUUCCACAAUGUUAGAUAUCUCUAAUGCUUCUUCUUUUUUUGCUUAACAACUUUUACUUGAUUACAUAAUGUUAGACUAUUUGAAGUAUUUUAUCUAUCCAUUGUCGUCUGUAAGCUUCUGAUAAAUUAUUAAAUCAAGGAUCAAACAAGAAUUUAACA